AUGCGCAAAUCACAUGUCUUUGUCGGGUCUUCACACCCGGAGCUUGGUCAACUCAUUUGUGACCGGUUGGGUGUUGAGCCAGGCAAAUGUACUCUGCGUAAGUUUUCCAACGGUGAAACAUCAAUAGAAAUCGGAGUUUCUGUACGUGAUGAAGAUGUUUACGUUGUGCAGUCUGGGUCUGCAGAUAUUAAUGACCAUAUCAUGGAGUUGCUCAUUCUCAUUUCUGGGUGCCGUGGCGGGUCUGCAAACAAAAUUACAGCUGUCAUCCCCUGUUUCCCCUAUGCCAAACAAUCAAAGAUGAAAAAACAUCGUGGUGCAAUUACUGCCCGUAUGCUUGCAAAUCUCCUCAUCAUGGCUGGUGCUGACCAUGUUAUUACCAUGGACCUUCAUGCUACUCAAAUGCAAGGCUUUUUCUCAAAGCCUGUUGAUAACUUGCUUGCAGGUCCAACCCUCGCCCGCUGGAUCCGUCACAAUGUCCCAGACUACUCUGCUGCCGUCAUUGUUUCAAAAAACCCAGGUGGUACUAAACGUGUCACUGCUCUUGCAGAUGCUCUUAAGGUUAAUUUUGCUAUGAUUCACACUGACCGUCGUCGUGCUCAACACAAAAUCCCUGGUCGUUCCGGUGCCCGACCUCCUGUUAUUUCCACUACUACUGCUGCUGCUGCUGCUCGUAAGUCACCAGCUUCUGCGCGUACCCCCUCAUCUGGUCUUUCCCAUGGCUUUUCUGCUUCUGAUAUUGCUGAUGAGGAAGAUGAAGCCACCGAAAAUGAUGGCCCUGUUAAAGUUGUGAUUGAUCAUGCAGAUGGUACUUCUUCUUCUACUACUACUACUACUACUACUACGGACCCUUCUACACCUCCUCGCAUAAUACCCAGCUCUAAUGAGAAAAAAGACCAAGAAGAAGAAGAUGAGGAGGUUUCUGAUAUCAAUACACAAUCCGUUCACGUUGCUAGAAUUGUUCAGGGUCAUGUUGUCAAUGAUGAUGAGUACCCAGAGGAUGAGGAGGACGAAAAUGAUCUCUUUGCUAAGCUCAGACGUGAUGGUGCCCCUGGAACCGCUCCUGGAACCGUGGGCGAGUACGGUAGCGAAAGUAUGUACUCAGAACACGCUCUGGGUGGUACAGGCGAUGCCGAAAGCUCUGAUGAAGAAGAUGCCCACGAUGAUUCAGAGUAUCAUUUGGGUGCCUCUGCUGAUGGUAAUGGUAAGGCAGCUGGCCGUGUUCAAGAAAAGGUAAUUACUCUUGUUGGUGAUGUGCGUGGACGUACUGCUAUUUUGCUUGAUGAUAUGAUUGAUCGUGCUGGAUCAUUUGUUGCAGCUGCUGAGUUAUGCUACAAGAACUGUGGUGCCAAGCGGGUGCUUGUUGUUGCAACACAUGCCAUUUUCUCUGGUAACUCGCUCGAGGCUUUGGAUGCUUGUCCUUACAUUGAUCAAAUUGUUGUUACAAAUACUUAUCCAAUCCCAGCAGAAAAGCGUGCCCGCUGCAAGAAACUGGUUGUCAUUGAUGUUUCUACUAUUCUUGCAGAAUGUAUCCGUAGAAACCAUCACGGUGAAAGUAUUUCGGCCUUGUUUGAGCAAUUGCUUCAACUAUAA